CGGUGCCUCACAUUACCGAAAUGAGCAUUAUUAGCUGCGGUAAUGCGGGGAAUCGCCGUCCGCAAUUAUGGGUGGUGAAAAUUAAUUUGGAAAUGCUGAUGGUUUGCGCUGGAAACUCAAUGCUUGUCGUAUACCCUCUGCAAUGCACUUAUUUGUUUGUUUAUAUCUCCGCAAUCUGCGCUCUUUGCGUAGCCUCUCGUAUACCGCGCGCUUGCUUUUACCAGGGAUACGACCUCAAUAACACAAGAAGUUUAUGCCGUUACUAUACCGGUACGACUUUAGACAGAAGCAAGAAAUACACAGUUGGGAGGAAGGAAGAACGCCAAAGUAAUUUUCAGCUGACAUGCCAUAGACCAUAGACCCACGGACAGCUGUGCCGUAACAUUUGUUAUUCUCAGUUGGCAAUAGCAUACGUGUGCGGUUUGCUUGCUGGCUUCAGACCACGACAUGUGAGUGCUAGGUUAUAUUUUGCACUUGUUUGCACUGCUUUAUUGCAUUCCCCGGUGACUGAAUAAGUUUCGUCGCAUCAUUAAAAAACGAUCAAAAUAAAAAAAAUCAAUAUAAUAAUUAGCCCUUUACUCUCAGAACUCGAAUUUCCUAUUGACAAUAUGAUGAACGAGGAAUCCGAACCAGUGAAGCAGGAAAGUAAACCUGUCGGUCUAAAGUUGGAGGAGAGCUCUAGUGAUCAAAAUGCAGAAAGUAAUUCUGCCGAACAAUCAGAGUGUGCUACUGAAACUUCAGUACCUGUUAGUGAUUUUCAGACUUCUGAAGAUAGUAACUCAAGUAAGACAAUCGAAUCUGCUUCAAGUGUUGAUCCGUUUGCAUAUUUGGAUCGUGAUUUCACCUCUGAGAAAUACAAGGUUGAAAUUCGGAACCUCCCAAGAUUUUAUGGGUUUGGGGAACUGAAAAAACUCUUCUCCGAGACCCUACAGCUCUCAUGUACUAAAGUGAAACCACCACGAAAAGGGUGCUCCUGGGCAUAUGCUUGCUUCCGAUCUGAAGAAGAGAGAACUAAAGCACUUGAAAUUAUUAAUGGAUAUGUGUGGAAGAAAAGCACUUUAUCUGCUCGAGUUGCUCAAGCUGCUCCAGAUCCCUAUGUUGCUAAGCGAGCACGUAUAGAGAAUCAAAAGAGAGAAGGAAAGAGAAGGAAGUUUGAUGUUGAUGAAAAUCUUACACAAGAGGAACGCCUGAAGAAAAGUACUGCACCUUAUUGGAACAUACCAUAUUCAGACCAGAAAAAUAUGAAGCGGGAAGAUAUGAAAAAAUUGCUGCUGCAGCUUGGAGAUGAGCUCCUUAAAGCUAAUAGUGAUUUGGGUGGUUGGCUUAAAGAGCAAAGAGAGAAAAAUGAUGGUCUUCCUUGUCCUUUGUUGGAUAUACGCAGUGCAUCAGUAAUUGAUGGAUACAGAAAUAAAUGUGAAUUUAGCAUUGGUUUGAACCCCGAGACCAAGAAAGUAACAGUUGGAUUUCGUUUAGGAAGUUAUGCAGAUGGCUCAGUUGGUGUAGCACCACUAGACAAUUUGCCUCAUGUGCCUGAUCGUAUGAAAUCAGUUGCUAAGGCAAUGGAAAACUUUAUUGAAGAAUCUGGGUUUCCUCAAUUCGAUCAUGUAACUCACAAGGGUUUUUGGCGCCAAAUUACUGUUAGAUUAGGGCACGCAACAGGAGAACUUCUUCUCGUUGCUGGGAUGCAUCCUCAAGACUUGAAAGAUGAUGAGCUUAAAUGCCUUAAAGAAAAGUUUGUGAAAUAUUUCAGUGAAGGUCCAGGUUCUAGCUGUAAGGUGCAUUCACUACAUUUUCUCUGUAUGGGAAUGAGACAGCCGGGAUCCAAACACCCAUCUUGUGAACAUUUAUGGGGCCAAACUCACAUUCAUGACUUCCUUUUGGGUCUAAAAUUUAGAAUUUCGCCUGAAGCUUUUUUCCAGGUAAAUACUUUGGCUUGUGAAGAGCUCUACAAAGCCAUAGCAGAAGUAGCAAGUUUGUCUGAAGACACUGCUCUUCUUGAUGUGUGUUGUGGUACUGGUACUAUUGGUCUUUGCCUCUCCAAGCAAUGCGGUCAGGUCCUUGGGGUAGAGCUGAUUGAGCAGGCUGUAAAGGAUGCAGAAUUCAAUGCUGAGGCCAAUGGAGUAAAAAAUUGUUCAUUUUUUGCUGGACGUGCAGAAGAUAUUUUGACAGGUGUUAUUGGCCGGGCUUGCCAGAAGCAGUUAAUUGCUGUUGUUGAUCCUCCAAGGGCUGGACUACACCAAAAAGCUAUAGUCACUUUACGUAGAACCAGGCAAAUUGAAAAACUGGUUUAUGUAUCAUGUGACCCAAAAGCAGCAUUAAAAAACUUUAUCGAUCUGGGAAAACCUCCAUCAAAGAGCAUGAGAGGGCUGUCUAUGGUGCCAGUUAAAGCAAUACCUGUUGAUCUUUUCCCUCAUACCAAUCUGUGUGAGCUUGUCAUCUAUUUUGAACGUAUUGAUACAAGACUCCCUGAAGAACGUUACCAACCUGAAUAGAAUAUUGUAAGUUUAAAGGUACAUCAAUAAACAAAUUAGAACACAA